UGUCGCCUCUCAGUGGCUGCCCGGCCACCACGCCGGCACUACCCCUUCGAUAACGAGCGCUAAGAAUCGGGAUAACGUUGGCACUAUCGUGUACCCCCGCUAGUCAGCUUCCCAGUGCAUCUAUCUACUUGCCAGUCAACCCCUGCAGCUGGGUACAGGCUGCACGUGCAUUGUCCUGCAGUGGCGGCGGCGGCGGCUGCUGCUGCAACUGGAACGUCGCCCGCGCAACGGUUUUUCUUUUUCUUUUUUUUUAUUUCUCUUCCGGAUAACGCGCAGUGAUUCCCGUUCACGAUUUGUCAAAUCGAUUUUUAUUCUCUAACGUAUUGCGAGGAUCGAGCGUGAUUUCUGUGCCGUGAGACAUUGCUGAUUUAAAGAAAAUCAAGAUGCCUGCAGCUGGUGCAGCAGUGGCUGAAGUGGCCGAGGGAGCAGGACACUUGGAGGGUCUGGUUGAGCCACCUGAGCCAAGAGAACGGGGUCCAACUGGUAGGGCAGGCUUGAUGAAGCCUUUGGUCGUCCUGGCACUUCCUGGCAUGUAUCUCUUCUACAAGUACAGUCAAUACAGACGGGAGCAGCGUGAGCUCUCUCGCAGAAGAGUCACCGAAAGGGAACUUCAGCAUCUUCACCAUAAAAUCGAUAAACUGUUGACCAAGCUCGAGGAAAAUGAACCGGAACUUGCCUCAUCGCAGGAUGACGAGUGCGUAAUAUGUGUCAAUGCCAGAGCUACCAUGCAGACUGCGCCUUGUGGUCAUCGGGUUGUUUGCAGACGUUGUUUUGUCAAAACAAUACAAAUGGCCGUUUCGCAACGACUUCUACCUCUGAGAUGCGUAAUCUGCCGAGCGAAGAUUUUGAGAUUGAAGCAAACCCUCAUCCCACGAGAUUACUCCAUGUCUGGCAAGUCUUGGGUUCUACCCCAAAGUGCAUCAGCAUACAGUAUGGGAACAGGAGUUGCCGUCGGAGUGUCUGGUCAUGGAAGAUGGGGUACAGGAAAUGUACCAGCUUCGGCAUCGUUAUACUCUAUGGCUAGUGGAUCGUCCUCCAUAUCCGGGGUGUCUUCCGUGUCAUCGUCAACCAACAGCUCUGGUAGUUCCACCCUUGGUAAACCUACAAGGGUACGGCAACCCACUGGAGCAACCCUGAGAAGAUCUCAAACCCAAUCGAUGAAGCUAAGAAUUCAGGAGUACCAGGAUCCCAUUCAGCAAGUCGCGGAGGAGGAUGAUGCGAUGCGAGAAAAUCGUGAACGACGAUUGCCACCCAUAAAGGAGUUCCAAAGGGACUAUCGAGCCGGAAAGGCGUCUACUAGAAUACGAUGUGCCCAGAAAAUCGUAACUCAAUUGGAAACUUCACCGAGUCGACGAGGCACCUCGUCCACGAUGCCAAGGGAGAGUACUUCGUCUUCGAGCUCUUCGACGAGGACGUCCAUCAAGAGAUCGUCAUCGGCCGUCACGCCGAAGACGACAAUGACGGUCGCCCAGGAGGUGCAGAAGACGAAGAAGGAGAAAGAACGUGAGAAGGAGCGCGAGAAGGCGGAGAAAGCAAGACAGAAGGAAGAGGAGAAGGCUGAGAAGGCACGUCAGAAGGAGGCGAAGAAGUUGGCCAAAGAGGAGAAGAAGAGGGCGAAAAAGGAGGCCAAAGCGAGAAGAAAGGAAGCCGAAGAAGCUCUCCUAAGGGAUGAGAAGUAGUGGAUGUUGAAGGAGCGUACUUGAUCGUAGAAGUAUUUUAAUAUCUGCCUGAUGUCCCAGUAGAUUUUUUUUUUUUUCAAAACUGUGAAAGCGGUUUAUAGAUUCAUUAAGAAAUGUCGACGUGUUUCGAAAUUCUAUGAUGAUUUUGAAAUACUGUUAUUUAGACAUUAUCGUUGGUUUUAAACUUUUGGUGGGACUGGGAGGUUACAUUUCGCGGGUGGAAAUUAAUUGUGUGAAUCUAGAAGCGGCCAAAACUUAGUAUCUAUCAUAUCAAACCAUUUACCAACAUGUCAUUAGUCAUUCGCCGUAGACACAAGUUGAAUAGUCAUUCUCGUAAAAAACGUUCGUAUUCAGAACAUAUAUUCGCAUACGUAAAUAUUAAUCCAUAAAGUCGAUUGUUAAAAUGUUCCAGUUGAAUUUUCAAUAAAAUUCCACGAGUCGAUUCGUCUAACACGUAACGAAAAGUUGUUAAAAAGACAUUUUCGAUUGGAAAGAAAAAUAUUAAGUAAUUAAUCAAACCGCAAUUAUUGAUCGUAAUGAUCUGUCGAAAUACGUCGCUGACAUAUUGAUUCUAUGAAUUUUAAUUAGAGAAAUCGAACUUGACUAAGGAUGUUUCGAAAAUGCAAUAUACAUAUAUUGCAUUCAAUACUUUUUGAGAUUUAAUCAAAAGAUCACAAUAGCCACUGCGCAUCCAUUACAUCAUCUUAGUUGUAAAUACAUCAAGAAUAAAAUGGGAAAUGCGUUUCCUGAAAAAGGUAUGAGAAACAGAAAGACGAAAAAGACGAGGAAGCAGAAUCGUAAUACUUGUAUUAUGAAACGUAAAGGGACAAAGGGUCGAGGGAAUAUAUUCGUUUGGAAUAGCCUAAGAGAUCAAUUAAUAAAAAGCGAAUAGUAUCCGAUAAAAUUAGCAUAACAUUAAAUAUUAGAGUGUCGGAGAAUCUCGACGUUAUAAUUUCUAUUCGGAAAGAUUUUUUUUAUAAAGAAAAUAUCAAGUAAGUUAAAAAAUUUAUUUUCCGUUUAUUUCGAGCAAUAGGUAAAAUUCCAAUAUUUGUUUGACAUUUUAAACAUUUUUAUUAAGCACCCAAAUUAUGGAGUGAUUAUGAUUUGUCGAUACGCUUUGACGCACGAUUAAAUAAUACUUAAUAAAUGAAUUAAUGAAUUCUCGUAUAAUCGACAUUUAUGGACUAGACUCGUUGAAUGAUACAAAGAAUCCUUAAACAGCAUGAAGAUUUAAAUAUAUUUAAUGAAGAGCAUCGAUAUACCUAUAUACGAUGAUUUAAAUCGAAUAAACAAAACUAAAAAGAUGAGAAAAUAAACACAUGUAUACACGAUUGAUGAAGUCGCUGAAUCCAAUAGGAUUAAUUUUGCUAAUAAUUAGUAUACAGCUAUCCACUGGCCGAACGAGAAUCAAAAGCAGGUUUUUACGCUACACAGAGUUCAAGGGAAAACUUGUGCGUGUACAGAACAAAAAAAAUUCAAUAUCAAAAGUAAAACCGAGGAAAUAUCUUUACUUUAGAGAAUCGCCGUUAUAAGAGGUAGACAGUAUUAAAGCCAAUUAAAAAAAUGCAAAAUAAUUAAACAAAUUUUUCUAAAUACAAUUUCGAGUCGCGAGUAGCUCGAUGUGACUUUAUCGUUAAAAAUACUCCGAUCCUCUUUUAUUUCUCGUAGUCUACAUACCUGUUUACAUAUAUUGAAAAUUAUUGACAAAAAGUGUAUCUUGUCACCAUGUAAAAGUUUACCGGCUACUUCAAUUAAUAGAAAAGCGUGCGUGUAGGAAUAGCGAGCGUGGAACAAUUUGUCCAGUCGAUAAAACAGAUUUCUUCUUCAAUGUUGCAAAUACGUUUGGCAUUCAGCAAGAAAACAAAUAUUGUUAUAUAAUCGAUAUUGCACAAAUUUUGUAGUUCACGAGAAACGAAGAAAAUGAAAACUAAGCUUAAAGGUAAAAUAGAAAAAAUUUCAAAACACCGCCACGCACAUAUCAAUAAUUAAUAGUACGUAACGUGUAGUCAAUUAUUAACGAUGAUUAUCGGGAGCCGUAUCGAAAUGAUCGUUCGUGAUAAGUAGCCAAAAAUAUGACGAAUAGAAAAAUAACCAAAUUUUGAAUUUUCCUUGAUAACGUAAAACCACAGAGAUAGACGAAUAUCCACGAUCGUUAUUCCCGGGGCGCAACUUAGGAUAAAUCUGGUUGUGAAAUUUUCCUGAGCGAUUUUUGAAAAGGAGAAACAAACCAAUUAAUGAUCGUACGAACAAUUCGAGGAUUCCUGAGUAAAUCGCAUACUUAAAAAAGGUAGUCAAAUAUUAUCUGCCAUUGAAAUGUCAAUUUUAUCAAGUACAUAAAGAUCGCCUAGUAUUUUCGUCGUUAUAAUGUAAUCAACAUCAUCGAAAAUACAUGGCAAUUAACAUUAUUCCUUAUAUUAUACAAAAACAGUUUCAAGAUACGUAAAACGCUACUAUUACUUAUUCCCUGCGAGCACAUAAAACGGAAAACAAGUCAUUUUUGAAAAUCAUGAAUCUCAUAGCAUAUCAACAAAUUAAAGAAAAAUUAAUUAACCAAAUUUUUACAAAUUUAAAAAAAAUCUGGGUCAACUCUGUCUAAGUAUAUUAAGGCGCAGUUUUACUAUUCAAGCUUCAAGUUUAGCUAUUCCAGAAUUGUUUUAUGCUGGCUAACUAUGAGCAUUGAAACGUCGGAUUUAACUAAACUUUCGCUUAAACUUGAACGAUAAAGCUGCUCUUAAGUUUCGUAAUUUGAAGAAAACUUUGUAAAAUGAAGCAGGAGUGAUAGCAGCUCUCCUAGCAAUUUGACAGGUGAUAAAAUAUAAGCUUUCUUUUAAGACACUAAUUCCUUCUACUACCGAUGAGAAAAAGACUGACGAAUCUUACAUGGAGCUCACCCAGAUUUCUGGUUACGUGAAAACAAUGGCUGCGUAAUUGUUUGAAAAUAGAGAUCAAUAUUAUUUAGAACUUCUCGUAUCUGACGUCAGCACUCCACAUAAGUCUGCAUACAAGAAACGAGUGGAUAGCAGCCUUAAUUACAAAAAUAUAUAGCAUGUAAAUCUUGUAAAGCAAAAAGUAAACAGUCCUACCAAUCGUAUACGCAAAAUAACGACGAAAAGACUAUGCGAUCCAGCCGGAACAGACGAAUGUACGGUAUACACAAAGUGUUGGCAAUAAUUUCUAAUUAAAUGAAUGAAUUAAUGAGUAACGAUGCAUUAUGACGAUUAUGAUACAUCGUAAAUAAUGUUACAUUACAUAAUAAGACGUUUGUAGACAGUUUAUAUAGGAAGUUAAAAAUGAGCUAGAGCAUAUAGGCGCAUCGAGUUCUACGUUGUCAACUGUUGGUUAUAAAAACUCGGACGUUAAUCGCUUCGACGUGGUAUAUUGGUUUUUCCAAAAAUUGAUUAUCCUGUGCAAUUUAUGCAAGUGAACAAACUCAACAAGGAUAGAUGUACUGUUUGCAGUCACUGUACAAUUUUUGGUCAUACUUGUCAAAUCUUUAACUAAUUUCUGGUAUAAUUAAUUUAUUGAAUUUUUCAAUCAAUUACAAAAGUAUCGGUUAAAGUAUCCCUAAAGGAAAUCAUAAACAAAAUUUUUUAACUUUUAAUUAUUCAAAAAUUCAUUUUUGCCGAUUAAAGCAGUUUCCUACCGUUUGUGGCCAUCGGCUUCAUUUAUAUGUAACGAAUAAGGUCACAAAUGAAUCAAUUUCAUAGUAUACAUACGGUAUACUAAAGUGGCCAAAAAUGGUACAUCCACCCUAUCCUAAUAUAGUAAUACUAAGUAUGCAGUCGUUAUGGUUCGAGCUAAUCAGUGAUCUUUCCUGCGAUCCGCGCGAUAAGCGAUGCGAAAGAAGAAAUGCGCAUUCCUUGAGUUUAAACUUCCAUUCCCGAUAACGAGACGCAUCCGCGCAUGCGCGUCACUCCUUUCGCGUCUCUCGCAUGUUCCGAAUGGCAGAUGGUAAUCGAGUAAGAACAAAAAUAAGCCAUUUAUAUCGUAGCGAGAAAGUUAGAGGCUGGAUGACGUAGCUUUUUUCUUUUUCUACGCGCGCUUCUUCUUAGGGAACUUUGUGGGCUGGUGGUUCGCAUUGACGGGCUGAUUAUUGUGGAAAAUUGCGCGGUACACAUUGCCUUUGACAGGUUGAUUUUAACGAGUCUAUUUUUCGUAGGUUUCAUUUGAAAUGGCAUACAAUAAUGGACGAUUAUUAUAGACGCGGGACUUUGGUGCUGCGUACUGUGUCACGGUCUUGUAAGGACAGCAAUUACUAUGGAGAAUCAAAUAAAACGUUACGAUGAAUAUUA